AAAGGAGGUAAUGUCAGCUUUGUAUUCGUCGCAUGUGCUUUUUGUUCUCCUGCUGAGAUUUUUUCUCUAGUUCUUUUUGGACCUGCGGUUUGGCAAUGCUCUACGUGAUCUGUGAUUGACAAAACAAGAAGAAAAGUUUGCUUGCAUUGGUAAUAACUGUUGUCAUUAGCAGAUGAAAAACUCUCCGACCUUUGCAAUAUCUCAGCAUUUUAGCCUCGACUUUGUUGGAUGGAAAUGGUUGAGAUCAGAAUAGAGGAGGAACAUCAAGGAGAAGAAAAUAGGUCUUCAUAAUUUGUCAGGACGGUGAAAGAGAAGGGAGAAAGAAAAUGUUCUCUCGGUUAGAAGGAAAAAUAGAACUAGGAUGAGAUGGUGUCUUGGAGAUGGAUAAUGACAAUUAGUGCCCGAGGGUGUGAAGUUGAAUCUAAUUGCUUCAUCUUCAUUGUAACAGAUGAAGAUACUUUGAACUUGGGUAUGAUGGAUGCUUCCCAGUUGCCUUUUUUAGUUUCCGCUCCUCAGGAAGCUUUGCAUUAUGAUGAGCUCUCCAUGAAAGAGAGUUUGAACUUUUCAGAUAGCCUAAAGGAUUUGAAGGAUCUUAGGAAGCAGUUAUACUCAGCAGCUGAGUAUUUUGAAUUAUCUUACAACAAACAAGAUCAAAAACAAAUAGUGGUGAACACACUGAGAGAUUAUGCAACUAAAGCUUUCAUCAGCACUGUGGAUCACUUGGGCUCCAUGACUUAUAAGGUCAACUGUCUCCUAGAUGACAAGAUUGAGGAAGCAUCUGCAAUUGAGCUCAGAUUCUCUUGUCUUCAACAGAGACUCCAAAUGUGUGACGUGUUCAUAGACCAUGGAGGCCUAUCUCAGCAGUCACUAGCAAUAAGAACUCCGAAGCACCACAUGCGAUAUAUCUUACCAGUUUCACAAGCUAAAGACGGUGGAGUCAGCAAGAACUUGCAAUACUGCAUGAAAAAUGAAGUAAACAGCGACAUGUCGGCAGGUGAACAUUACAUGUAUUCAAGAAAUAUAGAGACUUCUGCACCAUUUGUCAGGAGACGGCAUUUGACAACACAGUUUCCACGGUCCACCCCAACCAGCAUCUUUUCAUUCGCAAGUACUUCGUCCAACCAAAAAGCAGAAAAACGCACCUCCCCAUUUCUAUUUCAACUCACACGUUUGGGUUCUCUCGUCGAUAGAUCUACAUCUUCAAAUCAGUCUAGUGCCAAAAAGCGAUACCCACUGGAACCCCGAAGAUCCACUUCAAUGUCUGCUCAUGUUGAGAGGAACAGAAGAACUGAUAUCGAGCUAUAUUCCAGCGAGAACAACCGUCUCUUCAAGUCCUUGGUUAGCAUGCGGAAGUCAAGAAAGGACAGCAGGUUAUACAAGUUCUUGGACGAAAACUAAGAAGAACAGGGAAUAAAGGAAACCGGAUAGACCCAUAUAUCAGUUACUGUGCAUCAAGUGUACCUCAAUAUGUUGAAGAUCGCUGGAAAUACUUUGAUUAUGUCAUAUAACUAAAAACAUUUCAGAUCAGACAGCUACAAAUGAACUUGGCACUAGAACACCCCACAUAAAAACAAGAGCUCGACUGUACAGAUUUCACGUGGGAUAGGCAGAAUAUUCCUGUGCACUCCAUCCAGAUGCUUGACAGUAACAAUAUAUUUGAUUGUGCAAUAAAUAUGGUUCAAAAUCCAAGAUCAAAA